AUGAAACGCUCCAUCACCCGCCUGCUCUACAUCGCCGCCCCCAUCGGCGCAACAUCACUCAGCGUUGCGCGUAUACUGACAUCUUCGCGGCGCGGGUACCCCCUAUCAGCGCUCGAGACGCGCACUCAACCCUCCAGCAAACGAGACCACAUCGCCCUCGAAGAAGCAUGGGCUCGAUCUAUGCUUGGAAGUUGGUUGCUUCGAGCGGAAGGGUCUAUUGUUGGUCUCUUCACUCGACGGACAUUUAGUCCCGGGGAUAUAGGCGAGCAUGGCUUUAAGACCAGCGACGACGGCAAGCCACAGGAAUUACUUAACGGGGUACUUUAUACACAACGUACCCCUGGAGCCGAUGCUGAUAGCCAAGGGUUAUUGAUUGCUUGGUACAUGGCUGACGAACCACGGCUAUUCUUCGAGAAGAUUGCUCGUUGGGGGUAUCCGUGGCGUUUAAUGACUGGGGGUCGACAUGAGAUGAGUGUCUCGAAGCCGUAUGAUGUCCCUGGUCUGGGUGUGUUCGUGGAUGUGAGGUUUGCGGGGGCACAUGACUAUGAGAUUGUCGAGGAGGAGGGCGUGAGACAGAAGAUUAUUCCCGCUUGGGUGAUGCGGUUGCAUGCGGGUUAUGCGCGGUUGCUGCUUGAUUUAGCAGUUCGGGAAGUGGUGGAUGAGUACGAGAAGGGGAACCGAGGAUUGUCUUGA